AUGUCAGACGCCUACGCGCGCGAAGAGCAGAACAACAAUCUCCUUUCCUCUCUUUCAGCCAAGACCUCACAGCUCAAGCACAUCACAUUGGACAUUUACGACAACGCACGCGCACAGGAUACGCUAGACAACACCAACGAUGUCUUCAGCAGCAUGUCCGAUGGCAUCAGGGGGAGUGCCGGCAGAUUGGGGAGGAUGGCGCGGCAGGGCGAUAAAAUAGCUGUGUUCAAGCUUGCAGCUAUUAUCAUUGCGGUGGUGCUGGUGGCGUGGUUUGUCUUGGGCUGGAUCUGGGGUCUGCUGUUUGGACGGUGA